CUGUACCCGAACAUAAACAUGAAGGAAACCUAAUCAGGAUGAGAAAGAAAUAAAUUCGAGAUUUAACAACACAAGCGGACGAAUUGAAUUGGGUUCUCUUCUUUCUACAUGGCUAACCUGCCUCAGAAUCUGUCGAUUAACGCUGUUUCCUUCGGUGGAGGCCCGGCCUCCCCCUCCCCCUCCGCUGUUGGACUUCAUCCCAUCAAGGAACGCAAAAUGCAAUCCGCUGAGCAGCUUGUGCUCGAUCUCAGUAACCCCGAUCUCCGUGAAAAUGCUCUUCUCGAAUUAUCCAAGAAGAGAGAGCUAUUUCAAGAUCUCGCCCCAUUACUAUGGAAUUCAUUUGGUACUAUUGCUGCACUAUUGCAGGAAAUUGUCUCCAUCUACCCUGUUUUGUCACCCCCAAGCUUGACCCCGGCACAAUCAAAUAGGGUUUGUAAUGCACUUGCGCUCCUUCAGUGUGUGGCCUCUCAUCCAGACACCAGAAUGUUUUUUCUCAAUGCCCACAUUCCUCUCUAUUUGUAUCCGUUUCUUAAUACGACCAGCAAAUCACGGCCUUUUGAAUAUCUUAGGCUUACUAGCUUAGGUGUCAUUGGUGCCCUUGUGAAGGUGGAUGACAGUGAUGUUAUCAAUUUUCUGCUAUCCACAGAAAUAAUUCCUCUUUGCCUGCGCACAAUGGAGAUGGGUAGUGAACUCUCAAAAACAGUUGCGACAUUCAUAGUGCAAAAGAUCCUUUUAGAUGAUAUGGGUUUGGAUUAUAUAUGUACUACCGCUGAGCGGUUCUUUGCUGUGGGCCGGGUGCUGGCGAAUAUGGUGACAGCCCUGGCUGAGCAGCCUUCUUCUAGAUUGCUGAAGCAUAUUAUCCGUUGCUACCUUCGUUUGUCUGAUAAUCCAAGAGCUUGUGAUGCACUGCGAAGCUGCCUACCUGAUCUGCUUAGGGAUGCCGCUCCCUUCAGUAGUUGCCUCAGAGAGGACCCAACUACCCGAAGGUGGCUGCAACAGUUACUUCACAAUGUGCAAAUUCCCCGGGUUCCUCUACAGGCAGGAGGAGGUUUUGAUCAUAUGCUGAUGAGCUGAAUUAACAGGAUUCUAUGUCAUGAUCAGGGAUGGAUCGUUAAUUUAUGGUCAAGGGCGCAAAAUAUUUUUCAUUAUGAUAGUACUCUAUAUGUUAUUUAUCUAAAAUUAAUAAUAUAAAUUUAUUUUUAAUAGCGUAUAGCACUAUAGCAGGACAUUUAAAAGCACAACUGAAUAUUGCACUAGGGAAAAGAGUAACUGAGUGUUCAUCAUAGAAGUGAUCUAGAUGAUAAAUUAAACGUCUAGGUGAUAUUAAAUCAAAGAAAAAAUUGUUUGAUUAAAAAAAAUUAGCCAGGAGGAUAUCAAUUGUUUAAAUAACAUUUGUUUUGUUUAACUACAUGUCUACAUGAGUCUUUUUAAAUGAAGAACCAAAAUAUUCAAUUAUUUUGCUUAAUUUGGCUGUUUGCAGUCUGCAAAAUAUGUUUGUAAUUUAAGAACAGUGCAUAUGAUAUUAUUGAUUUUGAAUUUACUCAUACGUUGUACUUGUAUGUGAUUGUUAAUUUAUGUU